GAUAGUGAAGAGGAAGAGAGAAGGCGACCCAUUCUCUUCUCCUGUCUUUGUUUCUUAAGUAUUUCAUUUCAUUGAAAAAACAAUCAGUACUACUACUUGUUUUUUAUGAAAAGAGAUUUCUGUCUUGUUCAGAGAAACGAUUGUUCCUGAAAUUCUACUGAUGCCCUUGUAUCUUUUAAGGCUUCAAGACAAGAAAUUGUCAUAGAUGAGAUACCAUAUGGAAGGACACAAAUUGUUUAAUCUAUAGCCAAAAUUUACAACCUUAGUACUUUCAAAAACUUUCUCAAAUUUCAGCAUAAAAAGAGUCUUGUGUGUUGAAGAAGAAAAAGGAAAAUUAAUUCCAUGUCACAAAGCUUUCAUCACCACCAAGGAUUCUACAAUUUCUCAAAUAUUUAUGAGAGAUCUGCCACGACGAAGCAUGAAGACAUGUUACGAGUACAAGGCUUUGAGCAACAACAAGUGGAAGUAGCGGCAGUUGAGCCGCCGUCAGGGGGCACGGUUUAUGACGGAGGAGGGAUGUUGACGGAGAUUAUCAGCUAUCCAUGGCGGAAAGCAACCACGGAGAUAUUGGAUGAUCAGAUCCAAUCGAGUAAUUAUCGAUCGUGGCAACAAAAAGAGCAACAGCAACAGCAUCAGCAUCAGCAGCAACAACUUCUUCCACCAUCAAUAAUAAACGAUGCUGAGCUUCCCCUAAUGAAUCCUCAUAUAAAACCGUCAUCUCCACCUCGCUCUUCAUCUUCACUUCACAUGUUACUUCCCAACUCAGUGGAGACCAACAACCUUCUUCAUCAUCAAGGAUUUCACUUGCUUAAUCCAGCAACCGUGGAACCUCCGUCUCAGUUCACAUGGGUUCCAGGUAGCAGCAGCGGAGAAGAAAAUUCCACAAGAAUUGGGAGGGUUGUGGAUGGUCAAGGUCUUUCUUUAUCACUUUCUAGGAAUUUCGAAGCAGCUGCCAAAUUGGAGGAUUUGAGAAUCGGAAAUGGAGGAAUUUACUUGCACAAUAAUCAAGGACUAUUAGGUCCAAUUAAUAACAACAACAACAACCAUCAUCAACUGUUACAUUCAGGAGUAAUUAUGGAUCAUCGUACUACUCCUCAAACCAGUGCUCAUCAUCAAGUUCAUGUCGGAUAUGCAGCAGCAGCAUCGCCAAGAAUAACAAAUGCUCUCAGAAAUUCACGGUAUGUCAAAGCUGCACAAGAGCUACUGGAAGAAUUUUGCUGCGUGGGUAGGGGAAAUUUCAAGAACCAAAGAGUCAAGAAAUACGACGAUGAAAACCCUAAUUCCAACUCGGAGGGUGAAGAUCAUCGUGGUCCUUCGAAAGAUAAUCAUCCUCCAUUGUCAGCUGCUGAAAGAUCUGAUUAUCAAAGGAGGAAAAUCAAAUUGUUAUCUAUGCUUGAUGAGGCAUAUGCGAGAUACAGCCGUUACUGUGAGCAAAUGCAAGCUAUGGUGAACUCAUUCGAUUCAGUGAUUGGGUACGGUGCAGCUGCACCGUACACUGCGUUAGCCCAAAAGGCAAUGUCUAGGCAUUUCAGGUGCAUAAAGGAUGCGAUAGUAGCGCAAUUGAAGCAGACCUGUAAGUACCUCGGAGAGAAAGAUGUCACGGGUACAAGUGGGUUGACAAAGGGGGAAACGCCGAGGUUGAAAAUGUUAGAUCAAAGGUUGAGGCAGCAAAAAGCAUUGCAUCAAAUGGGGAUGUUGGAUUCUGAUGCUUGGAGGCCACAAAGGGGUUUGCCUGAGAGAUCUGUUAAUGUUUUAAGGGCAUGGCUUUUUGAGCAUUUCCUUCACCCGUAUCCAAGUGAAGCAGACAAGCAUUUGUUGUCCCGGCAGACUGGUUUAUCCAAAAAUCAGGUAUCAAAUUGGUUCAUAAAUGCUAGGGUUCGGUUGUGGAAACCCAUGGUGGAAGAGAUGUACCAACAAGAAACAAAAGAAGAGGAAACAGAUCAAGAAGAAGAUCAAGAGCAGCAAGAAAAACAAGCACAAACUCCUAUGCACGACAAGAAUAGCAACAUGGCCAUAUCGUCAAUAACAAUGCCAGUAUCCUCAGUAAGAUCCGAAUUUAAUGCUAAUGAUAGAGACCCUUCAAAAAACAUCAUCAAUUAUAGGCAGUACGCCUUGGGAAACCAACUAGUAAUGCUCCAAUCAGAUGACACCGCCUCCGCGUCCUCCACCGCGAACCGCUACUUCACAGCAGAGGAAGCGGCGGAUUUGGUGGCUAAUUCAAAUGCGGCCAAGACGGCCGCAUUUGGGUCUCAGCAAGCUGGAGAUGUGUCACUCACAUUGGGACUAAGGCACUCGGAAAAUGUACCAAGGAAGGCGACUCAGUUCCAGUUAAGAGACUUUGAUGCUUAUUAAUUAUUAUCAUAUCAACAAUUUUAAAGAGUAGAAAUAAGUAAAGGGAAAAGUGAUGUAUGAAUUUACUUGUUAUAUAUAAGGUUGGAGCUAGUACUUGGAUAUCAAUUGUAUAAAUGGGGAAUUUGUAAUCGUAUUUUGGUGAAUUUGAUGAUACGUAGGUUAUGUAAAAAAAGAAAAAAGAAAAAAAAAAAAGACGUGAUGCGGAUUAUUUAUGGAAACGUAGUGAGUUGAGUGUUAUAUUUGCUAUUCCAA